AACGACAGAGACUCAUUGAGUCUGCUUCUUCACACAGUAUAAAAACUGUUUGACUUAAAUCCAUAAAGGCAUCCAUUGGGUUUAACAUAAAAACGGGAGUUAAUUGCCUAUUAAAGAAGGCACGUUUAAAUACAGAUGCUCUGGUGUCUGGUCCCUAACAGAUUGUUAGGCCUAUACAUUUGAUUCCUAUCUGAUGUGUGUUCAUACGUCUCAAGAUUUUAUGUUGAGCACUUGUAGGCCUAUGCUCCUGAGUUGGUUGUUGGAAAUAAAGGGUUGUGUAUAGGAGAUGACAAUUUCUCAAAAAAUACAUUUUUUUUUUUUUAAAUGAAUUGAGUGUUUCAAAAUUAAAACUAACUAGCCAAACUAAAUUAAAUUAGGGAUGUGGGCUUAGGCUACUGUCUAAGAUCAACUGUUGAAGAGCUAAACCAAAAGAUCUUAGAUAGGCUACUUUCUAUUCUGUAGGCCUAUUCCCUGAUGUUUUUGAAAUUAGGCUAGUGUUAUGAUUCUCUUAUGGUUUUGAAUAUGAGUAAAUGACUAAAUAAUAAAGUGUUUUAGGCCCUAAACUCUGCCUUUAAUUGUUUUUUUUAAAUUAGAACUUCAGCUGCUGGCUAAAGAAUUAUGAUAAGUAGGCCUAUGAUACAAUAGUUGGUACGUCAGCUUGUCAAUCAAGAGCCCAACAUUCCUUGACAAUGGGUUUAAUAUUAUCAUCUGUGUCAACACAGUUUGAGAUCAUUUUGACCCGUAGGUCUUCCAUCCAUUUCAAUGCGGAAAUGCGCUUUGCUGGAAGGAAGAAAAACGUGUCGGACCUCGCAACAGUAACUAAGGGGCGCGGCUUGAUAAUGUCUCUAUUAUGACGUCACAAAGCAUGCAGUUAAAAAUAGAGUCUUGUGUAUUUUGGUUCAGUCAUCGAUAUGGAUGUGUAUGAAGAAGUAGGUGUACCGGAGUUUGGUGCUACCUGGCCCGCCAUGACGAUGCCCGACCAAGGAGUGAUUGACCAAUUUACCAUUUUCUUCGCGCUUUUUCUUGGAGGACUAAAGGAUGUAGGCCUGAGUACAAAACUAGACAAGGACAUUUCCUGAACAUAAUGUGUGCUUGCUUGUAUUGAAGUAGGCUAAUAAUGGUAGAAGUUUGAAGCGCUUGUGGCUGGUGUAGUCUAUGGAGCUUAAUGCAAAUGUGAAAUGGCUUUAGUUGAACGAGUAGUUAAAUAGCAGUGGUGGAAAAAGUACCCAAUUGUCAUACAUAAAAGUUAAGAUACCUUCAUAGAAAAUCAAGUAAAAGUGAAAGUCACCCAGUAAAAUACUCCUUAAAUAAAAGUCUAAAAGUAUUUGGGUUAAAAUAUACUAAAGUAUCAAAUGUAAAUGUAGCCUAUAAAUCAUUUCAAAUUCCAUGUAUUAACAAAACCAGAAGGAACAAUUUUCUUGUUGUUUUAAUUUACGGAUAGCCAGGAGCACACUCCAACACUUUUACAAACAAAGUGUGUGUGUUUUGUGAGUCCGCCAUCAGAGGCAGUAAGGAUGACCAGGGCUGUUCUCUUGAUAAGUGCGUGAAUUGGACAAUUGUCUUGUCCUGAUAAGCAUUCAAAAUAUAACAAGUCAUUUUGGGUGUCAGGGAAAAUGUAUGAAGUAAAAAGUACAUUAUUUAGGGCCUCCCGAUACCAGGCUGUACCAUUACCGGCCGUGACCGGGAGUCCCAUAGGGCGGUGCACAGUUGGCCCAGCGGGUUAGGGCAGGGUUUUGGGGAGGCUUAACUUGGCACAUCUCGCUAUAGUGGUGGGCCCGGGCGCCUGCAGGCUGACUUCGGUUGUCAGUUGAACAGUGUUUCCUCUUACACAUUGGUGCAGCUGAAAAGUAAAAGUACUUUUAUGUCCUACUUGAGUAGUUUUUGGGGGAAUUUGUACUUUAUUAAAGUACUUUACACCACUGGUAAAUAGUACCCACAGAGAUCCUUUAUGGUAAUCUACCUUUCUACCUCACUGACAGUCCAUUCCAUCUGAUGUGAAUUCCAUAAUAAAUGGUAAUGUGACAUUUGUUUGUUUGUUUGUCCAGUUUCUCUUCUCUCUAGAAGAGGAAUGGUUUGGAGCAACACAUCCUGGAGUGGGAUGGGAGCUCACUCUUCCUGCUGCCCUGAUUUUUUGGGGUGUGAUAUUACUAUGGAGGACCGUCCUUGCGAUCAAAAGCAGGAUACGUCUAUUGACUGAGACACAGCUAAACGUGAAACUCACUCAGCUAUCGAAGAAGAAAUGUGACAUAAUGAUUCAAUUGUCUGAAAUGGAGAUACUGUUGAAGGACUAUGACGCGCCAGUGAAAAGGUUGCGGGCAUGCCUGCAGUCCUCUCAGGAGGAUAGUCAGGAGCUGGAGGAUAUGAAGAAACAAUGGGACAUCAGAGCUGGAGAAAUGGAGGCAUUUCAUCUACAGCUCCAGGAGCGUUUUGAACACAUACAGAAACUGAAAGCUGUUUGGGGACUGAUGGAACCACUUAAAGAGCAUCACGGUGGGGAUGCCAGGAUCCCUAGUGGCACCAACACCCAAUAUACCGAUAUCAAGAGUGAGGAAAACAUUGAGAUCGAGGUCACUGUGAUGAAGGAUGCAACCUUAAUCAAAACCACACUGGAGGAGGUGAACAGGGGUCUUCAGGACACAAAUUGUCAGCUUGAAGAGAAGAAUGCCGCUCUACAUCAAGAACUCCACAGCACUGAGAAGAUGUAUAGACAGACUCUAAACGAGCUGACCAAAGCCCUGAUUCAAGGCAAACAUGAGGAAAAGCAACAUAUUGACACGCUACAAGACAAAAUCCAGACCAUAUCUCUGAAAGCCUCUGCUACCGAGCAUGCUCUGGCCAUGGAGAAGAAUGAGACAGCGCUACUCCGCCAGAGGAUUGUUCAACUAACCUCAAAGAAGCUGAAAAUAGGAAUACCUGGGUUCCUGAUCAAGAACAUUCCCAAGCGCCCGAAAACAACCAAGACCAACAAGCCCUUCUUGAAGACCUGCAAAGUUCUGAAAGCUUUCAAAGCACUAUUCAAGAGAUGAAGGCAAUGCAUACUAUUGUACAUUUGGUGCAAUUAUUCUCAGGACACGGGGUGAGGCAGAGUACAAUAAAUAAAUCCAGAUGCCUUAUUCCAUCAAGAAGUCUUCUUUAAAAUCAACCAAGCUAAAUUGAACACGUGUUUUAUGUAAUUUAUAUGGUAGGUCUCAUUAGAUAUCAUCCAACUCUUUAAAAAUGUCUUUGUAUGCAGAUUUCUGCUCUGUUGCCAUUAGGUAAGAUACAACUCCAUGGGGCUUACCUGCCAAGACCUCCAUGGAAGCCACCAUAUCCCAUCAUUUACCAAAGCCAAAUGAUAGGACAAUGAUGAAGUCUAUUAUCUAGGUCUCCAGGGCUAUUUUGGUGACGGGAAACCCCCACGUGAAGGUCGAU